CAGAUCUACCCCCCGACCCAAAAAGUGGCCCGGUGCUGAAACACGCCGUUGGCCGUCGAGCGAAUAGCCUCAUCCACCGAUUUCGGACAAGCCACCCGUUCAGGGUCUGUUCAGGGUCCUCGGUAGCGUACAUCCGUGGUUGCCAACCGUAUCAAGGAGGUGGUCCGUGUUUUUUUUCUUCUCAUGGGGGACUGUUGAACUGUCUGCGACAGUAUGAAACGAGAAUCGUGCAUGAAACAAGCUACACAUCCAGAAAAUUCAUUCUAUCUCGGCAUCCAGAAAAAAACACCCCUCGACGACAUGUGAACUAGUCCCAAUCAUCGGGAUAUGGGAAAAUUGCAUAAAUAGGUUCGCGAUGGAACUUGGUCUGGUUGAUGCUUGAGUGAUUCGGAAGGCACCCCCAGUCCCAAAAGCACCCAACUACCCACGAUGAAGCUUCCAUUGUUCUUCCUCGGCCUCAUGGGCCUUGCAGCGGCCACCCCAAUGGGUCUCGAGACCCGUCAGUUCAGUUCUGGAAACGAACUCCGCGACGGCUCUUGCAAGCCCAUCAUCUUCAUCUUUGCGCGCGCAUCUACGGAGCCGGGUCUCCUUGGUAUCUCAACUGGUCCGGCCGUUUGCAACAACCUGAAGAUGGCCAAGGCCGGCCAAGUCCUCUGCCAGGGCGUCGGUCCCGCCUACACAGCCGACCUGGUGUCCAACGCCCUGCCCGGUAACACUUCCCCAGCGGCCAUCAGCGAAGCCAAAUCUCUCUUCAACCUUGCUGCAUCCAAGUGUCCCAACAGUCAAAUCCUGGCCGGUGGAUAUAGUCAAGGAACAGCGGUGAUGGACGACUCCAUCAAGGAGCUUGAAGACAGCGUCAAGGACAAAAUUAAGGGCGUGGUCCUCUUCGGCUACACCCGGAACGCCCAAGAACAUGGCCAGAUCCAGAACUUCCCCAAGGACAAGGUCAAGAUCUACUGUGCCGCCGGUGACAUGGUCUGUGACGGCACGCUGCUCGUGCUUCCCGCGCACUUCUCGUACAUUGCCAACACUGGCGAGGCCUCGCAGUGGUUGGAGUCGCAGCUGGGAACCACCUCUACGUCCACUACGUCGUCCGGGACCACUGGCUCGAGCACCAGCAGCGGAAGCUCCCAGUCAUCCGCCGCUUCUUCAGGAUCCUCCGGGUUGUCUGGGCUUGGCGGGCUGAGCUCGCUCUUCGGUGGCGGUAGCAGUGGGUCGAGUGACAGCUCGAGCGGACUGGGAUCGUUCUUGUAGACGAUUUCCAGCCAACCUGGUGAGGAAGUAGGACGUUCGAGCGGGCAAGUUGGGAUAGGGAAGCUUGUGGUCAACGAUUGGGUGUUGGGCUGGCUGGGAAAUCUUCUCGAGGCGUUUUGUUUCUUCUUCUUAUUCUUCUUUUCCUUCAUUCCUUUCUCAAGCUCUGACCUAUUGAGUGAUUUUCUGGUUAGAUCAGAUGAUAGCAGGUUCUAUCUUGAAU